ACCUUUACUUUUUUCCUCCAAUGGCACACGCGAAAAUUCUAGAAUUGUGUGCCCGGGAACGAGCCCUGACAUGUAUUAUGACUUACCAUUCUGAAAAUGGUAACGUAUAUCUGUAAAUGGCGACAAAUUAAUAUAGGUAACUAUAAUAACGCCUAGUCAAUAUGCUUAUUUAUCAGGAACACAAUUAUUUAAGACAACUAUUCAAAACUAGUCUGGAGUUAUUCAGAGUCCGGGGUUUACCGGUAAAUUACCCGGAUGUAAAGGGCCAUGUGCACUCCCAUCGCAGUAGCUUAUUUGCACCAUACUGCUGUCCUUACGUGCAGUCGUUAUAUCAUUCCGCCUUGCAGACGAGUACUCUGUAACCUCUCCAGGCUUUUUAACUCUCAAAGAUGUUUCGUCUACCAACAGUCAUGAAGCAGGUGAGACCUGUGUGCAGGGCACUGGCUCCCCACCUCACACGAGCCUACGCUAAGGAUGUAAAGUUUGGAGCUGAUGCUCGUGCCCUCAUGCUGCAGGGAGUGGACCUGCUGGCUGAUGCAGUCGCUGUCACCAUGGGCCCCAAGGGUCGCACUGUUAUCAUUGAGCAGAGCUGGGGCAGCCCGAAGGUCACCAAGGAUGGUGUGACUGUGGCCAAGAGUAUUGACCUGAAGGACAGGUACAAGAACAUCGGUGCCAAGCUGGUCCAAGAUGUGGCCAACAACACCAACGAGGAGGCUGGUGAUGGCACCACCACUGCCACAGUGCUGGCUCGUGCCAUUGCUAAGGAGGGCUUUGACACCAUCAGCAAAGGUGCUAACCCUGUGGAGAUCCGCCGUGGAGUCAUGAUGGCUGUAGAAACUGUCAUUAAUGAGCUGAAAAAGCUCUCCAAACCAGUCACAACUCCUGAGGAGAUCGCACAGGUCGCUACGAUCUCAGCCAAUGGUGACGUGGAGAUUGGUAACAUCAUAUCCAAUGCCAUGAAGAAAGUCGGCCGCAAGGGAGUCAUCACUGUCAAGGACGGGAAGACUUUGCAUGAUGAGCUGGAGAUCAUUGAGGGUAUGAAGUUUGACCGAGGUUACAUCUCCCCUUACUUCAUCAACACUGCCAAAGGCCAGAAAUGUGAGUUCCAGGAUGCCUACCUGCUGCUGAGUGAGAAGAAGAUCUCCAGCGUCCAGAGCAUUGUUCCAGCCCUGGAAAUUGCCAACCAGCACCGCAAACCACUGGUUAUUGUAGCUGAGGAUGUGGAUGGAGAGGCCCUCAGCACCUUGGUUCUCAACAGGCUCAAGGUUGGGCUGCAGGUGGUAGCUGUUAAAGCUCCAGGCUUCGGAGACAACAGGAAGAAUCAACUGAGGGAUAUGGCCAUUGCCACCGGGGGCACUGUGUUUGGAGACGAGGCUGUUGGCCUGGCCCUCGAAGAUAUCCAGGCUCACGACUUCGGUAAGGUUGGCGAGGUGCAGAUCACCAAAGACGACACCUUGCUGCUGAAGGGAGCAGGCAGCCCAGCUGAAAUCGAGAAACGCGCAGCAGAGAUCAUCGAACAGCUGGAGGCAACCACCAGUGACUACGAGAAGGAGAAGCUCAAUGAGAGGCUGGCCAAGCUGUCUGAUGGAGUGGCUGUGCUCAAGGUUGGAGGAACAAGUGAUGUGGAGGUGAAUGAGAAGAAGGACCGUGUGACCGAUGCUCUGAAUGCCACCCGUGCAGCUGUGGAGGAGGGUAUUGUACCAGGUGGAGGUUGUGCCCUCCUGCGUUGCAUCCCGUCCCUUGAUGCCAUCAAACCUGCCAAUGCUGACCAGAAGAUCGGUGUGGAUAUCAUCAGACGGGCACUCCGUAUCCCUGCCAUGACCAUCGCAAAGAAUGCAGGCGUGGAGGGUUCGCUUGUGGUGGAGAAGAUCCUGCAGGGCUCAUCUGAGCUUGGCUACGAUGCCAUGCAGGGAGAGUACGUCAACAUGGUGGAGAAGGGCAUCAUUGACCCCACCAAGGUGGUGAGGACGGCCCUGCUGGACGCUGCAGGAGUAGCGUCCCUGCUCUCCACUGCUGAGGCCGUCGUUACAGAGAUACCCAAGGAAGAGAAGGAUAUGGCAGGCGGCAUGGGCGGUAUGGGUGGCAUGGGCGGCAUGGGCGGCAUGGGAGGUGGCAUGGGUUUCUAAGCCGAUCCUCCUGUCUUGCUGUACAGACUAAUAGGCAGAGUGGUGCUGAGGGUGGCUGAGGAACACGAGAAAAUCCUCCAAGAACCUGCACCCUCCUCCAAAACUUUGCUCAGAGUGACUGACUGACUGGCCGGCCAUGAGCUUGUUGGUGCUGCAAAUCUGCAAAUCGUUGAUGACCCCCCCCACUACUUCGCACAAUUCUGCCGCUUUGUUCAGGUUUCUAGGGGGACCGGCCUCGUCUGACUCCUCUGUCCCAUUGGCCCACUCUGCUGAGAAUGAGAGCCCAUCAAGCCCAGUUACUUCAGCAGAAUCCUCCUCGCCCAUCUGCUCUAACGGCUCUGUCCAGUUACCCUCAGCAAGUCAUAGUCCGUCAUAAAGAAAAAUGUUUAUACAGGUGAGACCAUCUCAAUCUCUGUAAGAGGUAGUAAAGUGGUCUGAGAAGAAACUAAUAUAGAAUACACAUUGAUGAUGCUCUGUUGUACUGCAGAAUGAGAAAAGAUGCCGAGCAGGAUUGUGUCACUGUCCUUUAUUUUUGUCACAUGUUAAUUAGUUUGUUUUUAUAUACCUGUCAUGUUUUUUUUUCCCCAGCUAAUAUUAUGCGUGUCUUUUGAUUUAAUUAAACCAAUUAUUUCUUACAGAGCUUGAGCAUUUCUGUGUCUCUGAAAUUACAUUGCAUUGUAUGUCUGCUGAUUGUUCCUUGUACAAGACCACAGCUGGAUGAAGAGUGCCUACAUGACCAGAGUCUGAGUAUCACCAGGGGCCUGUUUCAAACAAUGUAAAGUUGAAAUAAUGUUUACUGAAAUGUGUGAUUUUUGGGGAAGUCAUUUGCAUACAUGCAGCACUGAGAUCUUUAUCUUGAUCUUCAGAGGCUCGGCUGAAUAUUGAUUUGGCUGAUUGUAUGUGAGGGGUGGGUAAGGCUGGAGUUACAAACCAGUUUGGACCAUGCAAGGUCUCGGCCACAAUGUCUAACUGUGAAAUAUGUCCUUGUGAUGUUAAACAUAGACCUUCAUCUAUGUGAACGGCUCACGCCGCUCCUCUCGUACACUCUGCUCGAACUACGAGUUGCUGGUGGUCGCACAAGCAACAAAACUACAUACAGUGUGUCACUUAGAUGGUGUUUCUUUUCCAGGAUGUCAUUCCUUUGCAUAACGGCCAACAGCAGUGAUCAUUUGACUUGUGUUUUGUACAAUAUAGACAUGAUUAAUGGUGAUUUUUUUUUUUAUUUAAUAAAUUCAAUUGUUCUGA